AUGGAGGAAGAUCCGAUUGGUCGUGGGACGAAGAUAAUUCUUCACGUGAAGGAGGACCAGACGGAGUACCUGGAGGAUAGGAGGAUCCGUGACAUCAUAAAGAAGCACUCGCAGUUCAUCGGCUAUCCGAUAAAGUUGAUAGUGGAGAAGGAGCGGACGAAGGAUGUGUCGGACGACGAGGAGAUGGUGGAGGAGGAGAAGAAGGAGGAGGGUGAGAAGGCUGAAGGUGAGGAAGGCAAGCCGAAGGUAGAAGAUAUUGAUGAUGAGGAGGACUCAGAGGAGGAGGGUGAUGAUAAGGAGUCGAAGGAUAAGAAGAAGAAAAAGAAGAAGAAGCAGAUUAAGGAGAAGUAUAUGGAUGAGGAGGAGUUGAAUAAGACGAAGCCACUGUGGACGAGGAAUCCGGAUGACAUAACGCAGGAGGAGUACGGUGAAUUUUACAAGCAGCUUAGCAACGACUGGGAGGACCACCUGGCGGUGAAGCAUUUCUCCGUGGAGGGUCAACUGGAGUUCCGUGCCCUGCUCUUCAUACCGAAGCGUGCUCCCUUCGACUUGUUUGAGAACCGAAAGAAGCGAAACAACAUUAAGUUGUAUGUGCGCCGCGUGUUUAUCAUGGACAACUGUGAAGAUCUGAUACCCGAGUACCUGAACUUCAUCAGGGGUGUUGUAGACUCGGAAGAUCUCCCACUGAACAUUAGCAGAGAGAUGUUGCAGCAGAAUAAGAUUCUGAAGGUGAUCCGUAAGAAUCUGGUGAAGAAGUGUUUGGAGUUGAUUGAGGAGUUGACAGAGGAUGCAGAGAACUACAAGAAGUUCUACGAGCAGUUCUCCAAGAACAUCAAGCUUGGCAUCCACGAAGACAGCACGAAUAGGAAGAAGUUGUCCGAGUUCCUGAGGUAUUACUCCUCCUCCAGCGGUGAUGAGAUGACGAGCCUGAAGGACUACGUGUCUCGGAUGAAGGAGAAUCAGAAGGACAUCUACUACAUAACGGGUGAGAGCAAGGAGGCUGUUGCGAAUUCGGCCUUCACGGAGGUGCUGAAGAAGCGCGGACUGGAGGUGUUGUACAUGCUUGAUCCGAUUGACGAGUAUGCCGUGACGCAGCUUCGUGAGUACGAUGGCAAGAAGUUGGUGUGCGUGACGAAGGAGGGUCUAGAGCUGCCGGAGGAUGAGGAGUCGAAGAAGAAGUUUGAGGAGCUGAAGACGGAGUUUGAGCCGACAUGCACGAAGAUCAAGGAGAUUCUGUCAGGAAAGGUGGAGAAGGUGACUAUCUCGAACCGACUGCUGACAUCCCCGUGUUGCAUAGUGACGUCGACGUUCGGUUGGUCGGCAAACAUGGAGAGGAUAAUGAAGGCGCAGGCAUUGAGGGACUCGAGUACGAUGGGCUACAUGGCGGCGAAGAAGCACUUGGAGCUGAAUCCAGAGCACAACAUAAUAAAGAAGCUGAAGGAGAUGUUGGCUGAUCCGCAGGGUGAGAAUCAGAAGAUCUGCAAAGAUCUCAUCAAUAUGCUCUUCAGCACUGCCCUGUUGGCCUCAGGCUUCACUUUGGAUGAUCCAAGGACACACGCGAACAAGAUCCAUGAGUUGAUCAGCAUGUGUCUGCAGAUUGAGGACGAGGGUGAUGAGAAGCUGGAGUCGGCGUCGGCUGCGGCGGAUGUGGCUCCUGCGGAGGCCGGUGACGAUGCUGCUGGCAUGGAGGAGGUCGAUUAA